CAGGGCUCAACCUGGGCCUCCGAGGGCGGGUCCUGCUCCCGCCUGGCCUGGGACGCGCCAUGGGACAACUGAUAGCCAAGUUGAUGAGCAUUUUCGGGAAACAGGAGCACAAGGUUAUCAUCGUGGGACUGGACAAUGCAGGAAAGUCCACCAUUCUCUACCAGUUCCUGAUGAAUGAGGUGGUUCAUACGUGUCCCACCAUCGGUAGCAACGUGGAGGAGAUUGUUCUGCGAAAGACCCACUUCCUCAUGUGGGACAUAGGGGGACAAGAGGCUCUGCGCUCCACCUGGAACACAUACUACUCCAACACUGAGUUCAUCAUCCUUGUGGUAGACAGCACGGACCGGGAUCGGCUGCUGACCGCUCGGGAGGAGCUGUAUAAGAUGCUGGCCCAUGAGGCUCUGCGAGAUGCCUCUGUCCUGAUCUUUGCCAACAAGCAGGAUAUGAAGAACUCCAUGACUACUGUGGAGAUCUCCCAGUUCCUCACACUUAGUGCCAUCAAAGACCACCCGUGGCACAUACAGGGCUGCUGUGCCCUCACCGGGGAAGGGUUGCUUGCUGGGCUCCAGUGGAUGCAAUCUCAGGCCACUGCCAACUGAUGUCCCAGCCUGAGGCCAACCAGAAACUUUGGGGUUUUGCAUGAACUUCAUGGGUGGAGAACCCAAGUGACUAUUUAUUACUUUUCUACGAUUCUCUGGUGGGAGCAGGGGCAGCUAUGGACAGUGAGAUUGCCAGUGCCCACCUAACUCCACACAGAGGAGCUAGACUGUAUACCCUGAGUUGCUGCAGACAGGCCAGCAGGAAAAGCUGCCCCUCACUCCAUGGAAGCAGGUGUUCUUGGAGACGCCAGGGAAAUGUUGGGUGGAUUAGGAAGUGGAACCUCCUCCCCUCAGUUCUCCACCUCUCUGUAGGAAAAAUGGAGGGGCAGAGUAAGAGACUCCUUUCUUUCCUAGAUCCCAACCCCCUCACCUCCACCCCAGCUUUCUGGCCCCUCAGCCAUCUUUGGGCAAAGGAUAUUCUAGAAAGGUGAAGGAGUUGGGCUCAGGGGAAGGAAGGCAGACCCAAAAGCUGGGAGGGAGAGGGAGUGGGACAGGACAUCCCAGACAGGAACAGUCCUUGGCACUGCAGGGAGUUCCACUCCUUCCCUGCCUUUCCACUCCCUCGGAGAUGCUGGCUCUGAACACAGCUUUUGAGCUUUAAGACACCCCAUCUAUGCCCUUCAUUCCCAGUGUCCUUCCAAUGUAAAUCUCACUCCUACAAAAUGACCCAGGUUCCUUGUUUAUCUUGUGUCUUUUUGUACUGAUUUUGUUUCAUGUUGUAUUAGG